AUGGAAGAUAGCAGUGUGGAACUCUUCCUUGAUGACAUACAUAGUGACGGAACUUCUUCAUGUGACUUCCCUGCAGUGCAUCGAAAAGAAAAAGAUAGCAAGGAGGAGGAGGAGGAGGAGGAAGAAGAAGGGAUUGUGUGUAUUCCGUAUUUGGCGCCGCCGCGAUCAUUGACGUUUGGUGAAGUAACUUUACUUCAACCUUCCCUUCCCCGCAAAGGCGAAACCGCGGUCACAGCAGAAUCUGUGGAAGAUUGCCCUGCUGCUCACAAUGCCGCACAAAAAUAUGAGGUAACUGCAUCAGAAGCUAUGCUGGAAGCAGAAACCAAAGAUAAUAAGACUAUACUGCAGGUACAGCUUGAGUCUCUUUUUGAAGACUCUUUGACUGCCACUUCCUCUGCUUCUUCUUUGCAGACGAUUCCGGUAUGCAACUAUCUUCUGCGGAAUUAUCUGGGUGUUGCCUCUGGUCAGUUUCGUCAAGGCCAACAGGAGGUGGUGUUGUCAAUUCUGCAGGGUCGCAACACGCUGGCGGUGUUUCCCACAGGAUGGGGCAAAACACUUUGUUUUGAGUUUCCCAUUCUUGUGUAUCGCCUGCUUUUCGAAGCCAAGUUUAGGGCAUGGCAAGACCUACAACACUCAAACGCAUCAUCGUGGGCUCAGAGUGAGCCCCCAGGAACCUUAUUUGCGGUUAUUGUGUCUCCAUUGCUUUCCCUUAUGGCCGAUCAGGCGGGAAAAAUAGACAGUGGGGGAAACCUAAAAACAGCCAUUCUUUCCUCUGGUACAUCGUCUUCGCGGGAGGAGACGAUUUUGCAUGAGUUGGCCUCCCCAAUGUGCUCUAUUGAUUUGUUGUUCGUAUCUCCCGAACGGCUUGUUCGUCACAGUGAGCUGCGAAGUGUGCUGGAGCAACAUGUCCGUCGAAUCGCAUUUAUUUGUGUGGAUGAAGUACACUGCGUGUCCCAAUGGGCCUAUGACUUUCGACCCUCCUUCAUGUACGUGCACCGCGUGUUAGAGGGUCUUGGCAGCGGUGGUUUCACAAGUGGUGAAGGGAGAAAUACGCCCCCGUUUUUGUGUCUCACAGCGACAGCAGCACCAUCCGUUAUUGAUGACCUCAAAAUUAUGUUCCGUAUUGAACGAAGUGUUACCGUGCCGUACCACCGUGAGAAUAUUCAACUAGAGUCAGUUUUUCUACUGAAUGCUGGGUGUCAGAGACCACCUACGCAGCGCACACUGCAGGAUAAACUAUUGCAAGCUGUGCUAGAACUACCAAAACCAAUGCUCGUGUACGUCCAGACACGUGUGGAUGCCGAUGAGUUGGCGGCGUUUCUUGUGUCCAAGCUUGGCACCGUGAGGAUUGAAAGGAAGGAGAAUGGUGGAAAUGGCACAACUUCCUCCAUCUUUACAAGUGCCACACAUGAGAAGAUGAGAACGAGGGGUGGUUUACAUACCGAGGAAGGUAAUGCUCGCAUCAUUAUUCGAAGCUACCAUGCUGCUCUCGACCGCCAUGUACGGAGAAAGACACAGCAGCAGUUUAUGCAGCACCAUAUUGAUGUGCUUAUCGCUACCGUGGCGUUUGGGAUGGGCAUUGAUAAGGCUGACAUCCGCUCCGUGGUUCACGCCUCGGCGCCGAGCUCCCUUGAAAGUUACGUGCAAGAAACCGGUCGUGCAGGGCGUGAUGGUCAAAAAUCGUUUUGUCGCCUUCUGUACAACCCGUUUGAUUAUUACACACUUCGUUCUCGCACCCUCGCGUCCUGUCUAUCCCUGUUAGAGAUGGAGGCUAUCGUGCAGUGUAUUCUUAGCAACCCCACCACCCAUGUUGGGGAGAAGCUUACGAUGAUUUCCGUCUCGAAAAUUUCAGAGGAGCUUAUUAUGAGUGAAGAGACAAUAGAAACUGUUCUCUUUAUGAUUGUUUCCCAGGAACGUGGGGUGUUGCAUGGGUUACAGGGGACGGCACCGAUGGGGUACCGUGUGACUCACGCAGCUGCAGAAGUAGUUGUCAACCCCGACCAUGCAACAAAGCGAAAGCGAGGGCGUGAGGCAACGGGAUCGUCAGGCGUCAGCGGUGUUUUGGCACAGCUUGAGGUACUCGAUGGGGUGUUUGAACUCUGCCGACAAAAUAAGAGAAUCGAAAACGUUGUGACCGCAGCCAACGCGCUAAAGUUGUCGUUACGAGACUUUCAGUUUAGACUCAAUGAUCUUAUUGCGGGUGGUUUCGUCUCGGUUCAGCGGCUGACGCCGGCGUAUCUCGUCUCGCUUGGCGACAAUUUUUCGGAGGGGGCAGCGCCUGUUGGGCAGAGGGCGAUGGCGGAAAGACUGUGGCAAGCGCAUCACAGGCGACUUGAAUCCAUGCAAAAAGCGCUUGAGAUGACCUUCUCCGUCCUGCAGAACCCAACGCAUGAGUCGGUGCGCAAAGGCCUUGAGUGGGAUGCACGGCAAGCCACAGAGACGAGCGGCCUUACACUGACGUGGCAACCACCACCGAAGAGCCUCACCAAGGUGGAGGCAAUAUCGAUUGCGAACGAUUUUGUUGAGAAAAAUCGUCCGCGCAUUUGUUCUGCGUAUGAGGCGGCCCGGGCACUCCUUGGUGUUCUCCCCAAACCACUGACGAGUCACGGGAAGUAUGCCGGUGAACUCCCACUUGGUGCGAGCUGGUACGUGGGGUCGCCAUACUUUGGCCUCUUGAAGGAGUUUGACCUGCAGUGGCUGCUGAAGGUGCUCGCCCCACACAGACUGGACGAAGAAGGGUUAAUGGGGAUGACUGGUCGACUACCAACUGUCUCACAAUAA